CGGUCAGGACGCGUGCGCACAUUCAAAUGUUGACGGGGAAUGUUUGAGAGGGAGGCUGGGCGCGAGAUUUGGCGGGAUAUAGAAACGGAGCUGGAGAACGGCUGAAGGAGCGGCGGAGAGCAGAGCCCAGCAGACGCACGUACACAUUCCGGAGCAGCUGGGGAUAUGGUGACUCCACUGCUGGAACUCAGUCAGCGAACAGCGACCCUCAGCCGAUGUAUUAAUUAUUGGAGACUGGCCACCCCGGAGCCCCCGAGUGAGUGCGUGAGAGUGGGAAGGGAGUGAGUGUCGGAAGAUACAAACCGUCCUUGUCAAUGAUGGCCAAGCGAGCUCGGAGUGAAGAUGAUGAUGACGAACAUCUGUUCCAAGAUCGUGACUAUGACAUGCCUCAACAGAAAGGUACAAAGAAGCUCUGUAACAAAGUUAAAUGGAUACCUGAUGAGGAUGAGAAGUUAAAGAAGUUGGUAGAAGAACAUGGUACAGAAGACUGGAAUUUCAUUGCUAAUCAUUUUCUCAACCGAACAGAUGUUCAAUGUCAGCAUCGGUGGCAAAAAGUUUUGAAUCCAGAGCUAAUAAAAGGACCAUGGACUAAGGAGGAAGAUCAAAAGGUAAUUGAGUUAGUUCAGAAAUAUGGUCCAAAACGAUGGUCACUGAUUGCCAAGUAUCUAAAAGGCAGGAUUGGAAAGCAGUGCCGGGAAAGGUGGCACAAUCAUUUAAAUCCUGAAGUAAAAAAAUCAUCUUGGACAGAAGAAGAAGACAAGAUCAUUUAUGAAGCACAUAAACGUCUGGGAAAUCGCUGGGCUGAGAUUGCAAAGUUGCUUCCUGGAAGAACAGAUAAUUCAAUCAAGAACCACUGGAAUUCCACAAUGAGAAGGAAAGUUGAGCAGGAAGGAUAUCUGCAGGAGGCUUCCAAAUGUGAUUUACUCCCAAGCAUACAGCAACAGAAAGUACCACCACGGACACCUCUGAACACAGUGCAAUUCCAGAACCAGUUUUUCAUUCCUGUGCCCACGCAAGCCUUAAGACAUCAGUACUUGGGUACAGAAGAAUCUUGCACAGAAAAUACUUCAACAGGUUUUUCUCAACAACCAUAUGUUGAUGAUGAUCCUGAUAAAGAACAAAGAAUAAAAGAACUUGAACUCCUCCUAAUGUCAGCAGAGAAUGAAGUCAGAAGAAAACGAGCAGGAGCUUCACAAGAGACUACUGACUUCACCUGCUGGUCAAGAAGUUUUUUUGGUGAUGAAAGUUUGUCCAGUACCUUGAGUAGCCUUGAGGAUAAAGCAACUGAAAUUUGUACCAAGGAGCAGCUCCAGGGGACAAGCACACCUGUGCAGCAGGCAUCCCUCAACCGUUUUCUUGCACAGGAGGAGAAUUCAGUCCUCAAUACACUACAUUCAAUUCCUGAUUUUGCUAAGACAUUUGAAUUAAUUGAAGCAGAUUCUGUAGUGUGGAAUGAGCUAACCAACUUUGACUUCUCUGAAGUCAAUGAAAAGACACCUGCUAAACAGACUCCAGCUAAAUUUGAACGUUUGCAGCGCAGAGGUGGAAUAGGUUAUCGCUUUGAUGGCCAUGCCAUUUCAGAUCUGAGCAGAAGUACUUGCAGCAACAGCAGUGGGCAGGGUGAACUCAUUCCUAUAACGUCCCCUAUCGUUGCCAAGUUCAGUACACCGCCAACUAUUUUAAGGAGGAAAAAGAGACUUCGGCUUGGCCCGUCUCCAUCCAGUGAUUGUAACAGUAUUUCCUUCAUGGACAAUAGCACAACGAGCCCAAAAAGUACUCCAGUAAAAACACUGCCAUUUUCUCCUUCUCAGUUUUUUAAUAUCUGCUCUGGCAAUGAUCACCUGAACCUUGAUAAUCCAGCACUUACUUCGACUCCAGUCUGUGGACAAAAAGUUCUGGUCACAACUCCGUUACGGAAAGACCAAACACCGAGAGUUCAAAAAGAAAAUGCAGGAUUUAGGACCCCCACAAUAAGACGAACGGUUUUAGAUAGCACACCAAGGACACCUACACCUUUUAAGAAUGCACUUGCUGCCCAAGAAAAGAAAUAUGGGCCUCUAAGAAUGGUGCCUCAGUCACUUGCACACUUAGAAGAGGAUAUUCGAGAGGUCUUGAAGAAGGAAACUGGUACUGACAUAUUACUUGGAGAAGGAAUGGAUCCCAUCUUCAAAAUUAGUGAGCAAGAGCACACUGCUCCUUUCAAGAAAGUACGAAAAUCUCUUGUUUUAGACACAUGGAUCAAGGAUGACAUUGGUACUCAAAAGUUCCCACAGACCUCUGUUUCAGAUGUACAGAUGAGCAGUGAAUGGGAAGCAGUAGCUUGUGGGAAAACGGAAGAUCAGCUAAUAAUGACUGAACAGGCUCGGAGGUACCUGAAUGCGUAUAAUGGCAGCAACACAAGCAGGAGUCUGAUCCUAUAACUGGCCACUGAUGAAGGAGCACUAUCAAUAUACACUAAAACUGAUUCAGAUUUUGAGCUGAAGUCUUUUAUCAUAAACUUAACUCCUAACCUACCUAGGUGUGAUUUCUCUGAAGAGGUUAGAGUCUGUUUAAAAAUUCUGACAUGUAAAAAAAAAUCUAACCAAAACUAAAAUGAAGCUGCUUUUGCUAAAUGUAAUAUGUGCUUAUAUUUAAAGCCAAAUGAAACACAAUGGAUGUAAAGGUGGAGAAAAGUACUGUCUUGAGUUGCACUCUUUUGUCUUGAAUAUGCUGUAAAAAAGAACAGACUAAAUGCUAUUGAUGGAUAUAAUGCCAUAUAAUGGGUAAUUGUCAUGUAGUUAUAUUUUUGCAACUGAUCCAAAUUCUUAACCAAAAAUAGUGACCAAUUAGGAUUUGUUGCUUGUAAUCAAGCAUUAAAAAUUAAACCAACUAAUAUCAGAUAUUUGGCAAUUGACAAAACCAAGAGAAUUUCCUAUUGUAUGGUAUCCUUUAUUUUGAACAUAUGUUAAUAUAUGAUCAAAUAAAUGUAUGUGAAGCAUAAAACCAAGUGUUUUUAUAAUGUAAGUAGACAGGAUGAAGAUUAUUUUUUUCCAGUAUUUAACAUAAGUCUCUGAAAAGUGAGAUAGCAUCUUGAAUGUAUUGUAUGUAGAAGCAGGGAAAAGUUAAUUGGGAGGAAAGGGUACAUUUUCUUAAAUUAUUUUCAGCUUAAUAGUAUUUAUGUGUAUGGAUCGAGCACCUCGGAGACACUGUUGAUAAGAAAUGAUUACUGCUGGUCACACGUUCCAAAAUAUGCACAUCUGUUAACAGAUGAAUUUUCUUCAUAUUUAGAUACUUAGCAGAAAUGCAAAUAUCUUGAGAUAUAACCAUUAAAGUGGACUGGUUGAUUGGGGGCAGGGUUUGUAUUCACUUUCAGUUGUCUCCUUAUUCCAUUGAAUACUUGGAUCCAAGGCAUGGGCAGAAGGGAGAAAACUUUUUUAAUCUUCCUUUGCAUAAAAUAACUGCUGAUUAAUGCUCCUGCUUGAAACUGCUCUUGCACUGCUUCCCUCCUUCUCACCAUGCCUUCUAGGAGAGAAGGUGGAUGAAGAAACAGAACGAAAGCUGCGCACAAACUUGUAUCCUAAACAUUUUACAGUAGCAUAUCCUGCCUCUGUAAAUAUAGAUGAAUUAAUACAAUUCCACUUCCCAAUCUAGUCACAAUUGCAAUAUCAUUUAUACUCUGCACUUAAAUGUGUCACCAAUAAUGGAUGUGCACAAAUGCUGCCUUGUUAAAUUGAAAAUUGACUAAACAGCCAAAGGACACGAAAUGUUGUUGAUUUGGUCUGCUGUUCGUUUUAUUUUUUUAGCAAGAUAUAGCAUGCAAGUCCGUUAUUAGUGAGUUGCACCUUAAGAUUGCAAUUCAUGAUUAACCAGUUUUUCAUUAAAAUAUACUUCCAUAAAUGUACUGUAAACAAAAAUGUUCUAUUUAAUACAAGAAACAUUAACUCCACCAACUGCAAUCUACUUUUAUGAAAAAUGGUUGCAGUUUUAGGAGGUAGAAGCCCAGAAGAUAUGUUCUUUUUUGUUUUCAUGACAUCACACCCAAUUGGUAUCAUUUUCAUAGCAUAAUGAUAACAUUCUCAUUACAAUAUAUAUUUAUAAAUAGUGGUGAGAGGGAACCUUUUCAGCAACUUUAAAGCAGUAAUAAAGUUAUAUAUAUUGCGCUACAACUUCAGCUGACAGCAGACAAUCUUUUAAAGUCUAUCAGAUUAAUUUGAUUUUGGUUAUCUUCUUUGGUUGUACAAACCUAAUUAAAUGGCCAUUUUUUUAUCUCCUGGGUUAAAUUUUUAGUGCGUAAGUCCAUUUUGCCUCACUUUAUUGGAGUUCAAGCAACUAUAAUGAUGUAUCAUCUUCAUAACACUGAAGUUUCUUCAACACAAUUCGUGGUAUCACCGUAUUGCAGCAAACGAGGGGAAAAACAUAUCCCUUGAGCUCAGUAUUGAUUUUUUUAAAAAUUCAGUUUGUUUACUUUUUAAGAAGUAUAUUUAAAACCAAGCCAUCUAAUCUUAAAAGUACCUCAGAAGAGAGGAACAAAAUCUCACUGUUUAAAACAUUGGCUUCAACUUCCCUGAACUGAAGAUAUUUGCACUUUUAUUUUAAAGAAAUGUGUGUAUGCAUUUUUUUUGUAGAAAGGUUUUAGUUAUGUGGAUCUGCAGAGUACAAAUGUGUGCACAGAGAUGUAGCACUGACAUGUUUAAAAAAAAACAAAAUAGUACAUAGUUAUUAAAUAGCUAUAAAAUAUUUGGACACUCUUUCCUCUCCUGAGUUGUACUGCUAUGCACAAUAGCAGGAUAUGCUUGCUGCUACUGAGAGAUGGAAAAGGGAGCAUCUGAUGCACUGUGUAUAGAAUGUACAUAGUUUGUAUGAUGGAAACAGUGAUUCUGUAACAUUUAACAGCUAUUUUAUGUGUGAUGGUUCUAUCUUGCAUGCUGUGUUGGCUAAGCACAUUUUAAUUGGACACUUUUUGAAGGUUGUGUUUUUGUUUUUUUAUUUUUGGUGUGUUUUUUAGGUGGUUUUGUUUCUGCAGGGUUGAAGUUUUGAAUGUCAUACAUGUAGCAGUUAUAUAAAUCCUGCAGUUGCUUUGAUUGCCUAGUCUCUACUGAUUUGCAUAACACCAUUUUUGAUUAUCAGUCUUGCAUUAUUCACGGAUGCUGCAUAAAUACUGAGGUUGUUUAGUUAUGCCAUUAUACUGCCAUAUGGGUUAAGCUUCUGCAGUGAUCUGUCACCUUUAUUAUACUGGUGCAUGUCCUUCCUUUUGUCAGGAUCAAAAAAUGGUGCACCAACUGUCCAUGUAGAGCAUUUGUAUGUUGUCAAAAUAAAUUGCUGUGUGCUA